CAACAGCAGUUGCGGGAUCGUGCACAGUCAGACUUCUACUUCGGGAAGAUUCUCGCGGGAGCUGGCGCGGCGGCGAAAUGGCCGUACUUCAACUACGGGACACACACAGUUUUGCUGUGCCAUGCAGGACCUCGGGGGACAGCGCUAUACUCACCGCCAGGCGGUGAAGACCUUAGCGAAUUUUUACAGGAGCAGAUCAGCUAUUUGCGUGGAGCAGGGCAUACGCACAACGGCACGGCGCACGACGUUUUUGAGGAGCUAGCGGAUUCUGGUUGCGAGGCAGGGCAGCAGACGGUCAGCAACGUGUGGGAUUAUGACUUUCCGCG